AUGAUCGGGGCCUUCUCGUUCCCGGUGAGUCCGGAGCGGGGCCGGCUGCGGGGCUGGCUGGAGGGCAGCCUGGCCGGGCUCUGCGAGUUGCACUGGCUCCGAGAGAGGCAGGAGUACCGCGUGCAGCAGGCGCUGCGGCUGGCCCAGCCUGGAAUGGGGGGCGCCGAGGCUGAGGACGAGGAGGACGCCGAGGAGGACGAAGAUGCGGCGGCCGCGCGCCGGGCCGCGGCGGCCUUGGAGGAGCAGCUGGAGGCCCUGCCUGGACUCAUCUGGGACCUGGGUCAGCAGCUGGGAGACCUGAGCCUGGAGUCUGGGGGCCUGGAGCAGGAGAGUGGGCGCAGCUCAGGUUUCUACGAAGACCCGAGCUCCACAGGAGCUCCAGACUCCCCACCGUCGACCUUCUGUGGGGACAGUGGCUUCUCUGGAUCUGGCUCCUAUAGACGCCUGGGUCCCUCUGACCCACGAGGCAUCUAUGCCAGUGAACGACCCAAGUCCCUAGGAGACGCCAGUCCCAGCGCUCCAGAGCCGGUGGUAGCUCGAGCGGCUGUGCCGCGGUCCUUCUCCGCGCCCUACCCGACGGCUGCGGGUUCCGAAACCUGCUCGUCGGCGGAGCGGCGGCAGCGCGCGGGGCCCUUCCUGACGCCCAGCCCCCUGCACGCCGUGGCCCUGCGCAGCCCGCGCCAGAGCGCACCGUCCCCGUCUGCUCCUCAGCGCCGUCUGCUCUACGGCUGUGCGGGCAGCGACUCUGAGUGCUCGGCUGGGCGGCUGGGGCCCCUCGGACGCCGGGGACCUGGCGGUGGUGGCGGCGGCUAUGGGGAGAGCGAAUCUAGCGCCAGCGAGGGGGAGUCCCCUGCCUUCAGUUCUGCAUCCAGCGACUCAGACGGCAGUGGUGGCCUUGUGUGGCCGCAGCAGCUGGUGGCGGCCACCGCGGCCUCAGGGCCAGGAGGUGGUGCAGGCGGAGGGGCGCCUGCAGGCCCUGCCAAGGUCUUUGUGAAGAUCAAGGCUUCCCAUGCGCUUAAGAAAAAGAUCCUGCGUUUCCGUUCGGGUUCUCUCAAGGUCAUGACUACAGUGUGA